UGCGGUAUAAUUUUUGUGGAGAAUGCACGGACCCGCUUGCGAUCCCUUGAGCUUUCCCGCCCUCAACCAAGCGCCCAUCCUUGGUUCAGUUACAAGCGUUUGCAUGAUUCGUAGCGCUGUCUCGAAAACGCGACAUUGGCUGGCCAUCACCACCGUUUUACCCUCUUCGUCCCAAGAUAUUCUCUAUCCAGUCUCGUCUAGGAACACAUAUAUAACUACGAACCGAGACACCUCUGAACCCCGCGUUCCAAAUGAUGAACCGGCAAGGACCAUUACGACAAGUGCCCUACGGGCAACAGCCGCCUCAGCAACAGCCGGGGCGCCCAGGGCAGGCGAGGGGGCUACCUAAAGCGCAGCAAGGUGAGAAUGCACUGGGAGGAGGAUAGGUCUGGCAGAACGACGUUGACAUGCAUGACUGCGUAGCGGCGAUGAACAAUUCCAAUUGGGCGUUUGGCAAUGGCGGCGGUCUAUCGAUGGGGGGGAAUGCGAACCUCAGUAUGGGAAUGCGGCCGCAAGCAAGUGGAAAUCUCAGUUUUGCCCAGAGCUUGAUAGGCUCGCAGCAGCAGUCGGCGACGUUGGACCCAUCGGAGUUUCCAUCUCUGUCCAACACGGCGCCAAAUCAAUCAAACCCUGCAUCUAUGUGGGCGCAACAACCAUCCCGCAAUAUCGGUGGAGGAGCUCACCGGGGGCCCCAGACGCCCUUAUCAGCGCAUCCGGGCCAACAAGAUGAUCUAUUCACAUCCUCUCGACUUGCCUCGACUGCGCAAUCGUCUUUUCGUUUUGGCAACCAGGGAGCCGUGAACCAAGCGCCCCAGGGAGGACAGGCUGACGAGUUCCCACCAUUGAACCGAUCAACGAACGGCGAAAUAGGAGGGCAAGAUCGGGGUCCAGGUCUGAUGUCGAAUAUGGGGUUCGGCCAAGGGGGCGCCCCUUCUACUAGGGGUGUGUCCCACGCAAACCUAGCUGGGAACGGUCUUCUCAACGCCCUGUCGGCUACUUCCCGGACAGGAGAGGUUAUUUCGCCAACGUCGAUACAAAGGUCCCAAGGGCCUCGAAGUCCAGUGGACGAUGAAGAACCGCGCCAAAAGCCACCCGGGUUUCGCGAGGGCAGCGUGGCGUCACAUACUUCAGGAAAUGAUGCGGUCGGCAGAAAUCCGUUAGGCGCUAUUGGUAACGACGCUCCUUCGGGCAAGGCGAGAGAGGAGGACCGAGGGCAGCUCCCGGAUGUUGUUGAUCCUCUUGAAGGGAUGUCUCCUAUUGACAGGUGGGGGAUCAAGGGGCAUCAGACUUUGAUGAACAAUUUCCCCGACUACAACAUCAUUGGCCAUGGGAUCGAGCCAUCGGUUCUGGGGUUGGAUUUGCGUUCCACCGACCUGAUUUCCACGCAGAUUUACUCGCUGUUCAACGCCAUGCCUCCAAGGCCGGCGGUUCAGAAUUUCAAGCUGCCCGACUGCUACGAGGUCAAAAACGUACAGCCCAUGGACGUGAAAAUUAGUAGCUUCAACGAGGAGACCUUGAUGUGGAUCUUUUACAGCUGUCCGCGGGACUACAAACAGCAGUUGGCGGCGAUGGAGCUGUGA